AUGAUGGUUCGUUAUACCUUUAAGAUGUUACAGAAGAGAGUACAUUUGGGAGAGAAUCCUUCUGAAUAUACUGAGUGUGGGAAAAUUCUUAACCAGUCCUCCAAUGUUGGUGAUCAUCAGAGGAGUCCUGUGGGAAAAAACCCCUACACAUGCAAUGAACUUGGGAACGUGUUUAGUCAGUCAUCAAGACUUAAUAUCAAUAAGACAAUCCAUAUUGGGAAGAAAGUUUACAUUUGUAAGGAAUGUGGCAAAGCCUUCAACUGGCACUCAACACUAAUUCUACAUCAGCAAAAGCAUACUGGAGAGAGACCUUACAAAUGUGAAGAAUGUGGUAAAACUUAUAAGUACAGCUCAUCACUAAAUAAACAUAGGAUAAUCCAUACUGGAGAGAAAAUUUACAAAUGUCAAGAAUGUGGCAAGGCCUUUAACUGGCAGUCAGGCCUUAUUGGACAUCGGAAACUUCAUGCUGAGGAGAAACCUUACCAAUGUAAAGAAUGUGGCAAGGCCUUUAAAAGGUACUCAAGCCUUACUGUACAUCACAGAAUUCACACUGGAGAGAAACCUUACCAAUGUAAAGAAUGUGGCAAGGUCUUUACCCACCAGACAAGCAUUAUCAGACAUCACAGAAUCCAUACUGGAGAGAAACCUUACCAUUGUAAAGAAUGUGGCAAGGCCUUUAUCCAGAAAUCAACCCUCUUUGUACAUCAGAGAAUUCAUACAGGAGAGAAACCUUACCAAUGUGAAAAGUGUGGCAAGGCCUUUACCCAGACCUCAAACCUUAUGGCACACCACAGAAUUCACACUGAAGAGAAACAUUACCCAUGUAAAGAAUGUGGCAAGGCCUUUAUUUGAGGCUGGAGGAAGCAGAAUAAUAAAUUAACUUAUCAUCAGUGAAUGAAUACUGGAGAGAAACCUUACAAAUUCAAAGAAUGUGGUAAAACUUAUGGCUUAUCACUAAACGAACAUAGGAGAAUCCAUACUGGGGAAAAAACUUACCAAAGUAAAGAAUGUGGCAAGGCUUUUAAUAGUCACUCAAACCAUAUUCAACAUCAAAGAAUUCAUACUAAAGAGAAACCUUAUAAAUGUAAAGAAUGUGCCAAGGCCUUUGUCCACCACUCAAACUUUAAUCGACAUCACAGAAUUCAUAUGGGAGAGAAAUCUUAUAAAUGUGUACAAUGUGGGCUCUCACAGCAAUGGAGAAGCUCUCAGAUUAUGGAGGCCCUCACUGUGGAUGUGGUGGACCUUCAGUGGAGCUGA